AUGAACGACCUGGGGGCAACUUCAGCGAAAACCACCAAAACGUUCAAGAAGGCGGCGACCACAGAAAAGCCUGCUACCCCUGUUGACCCUGUCGUGAGCACUGCUUCCUCGGGAUCAAACGUUGAGUCAUCUACUCCCUCUCAAGGACCAAUAUCUCAGUUUUUUGAGUCGUCUUUAAAUGAUUAUUCGUCUCAGCAAGUGGAGGGAUCUCACAACUGGUCAGAAACGUUCCACGGACUAGCUAAUCAGGCAUUCCCAAAGGAAGCACAGCAAAUUCUAUCAGAGCCAAUUCCAGACAACGACAUUGAAAUCACGCCCGACGGACUUCUUUACCUACCGGAAAUUAAGUAUAGACGGAUUCUUAAUAAGGCUUUUGGUCCUGGAGCUUGGGGUCUGGCACCUCGUUCGGAAACGCUUAUAUCCAAGUCUGGAUUAGGUGGUUUACUUACUAGGGAGUACGGUCUUGUGAUUUAUGGUAGAUUGGUGUCUAUUGCCAGGGGCGAGCAGACAUUUUUUAGCGAUAAGGGCAUUCCCACAGCCACGGAAGGAUGCAAAUCCAACGCGCUAAUGAGAUGUUGCAAAGACCUGGGAAUUGCCUCUGAGUUGUGGGAUCCAAGAUUCAUCAAGCAGUUCAAGAAAAAGAAUUGCGAAGAGGUGUUUGUGGAAUACGUUCCGACUAAAAAGAAGAAGAAGAUCUGGAAGCGCAAAGACGAAGACGUGGAGUAUCCAUUCAAAAAGUGA